CACCACGCCUGUCAGUCGCUUAGGGACAGCUCAGUGGUUGGCAGCGAGUGACACGUUGCCGGGAGCUGGGCGCAUGCGCUGUUGAGUGUUAGCCGCACUGCGCAGGCGUGCUGCGGAACAACCAUGGCGGCGGUGCAGAAGAGUGUGAGCAGCCAGUGGCUGCCGGAUAUGGACUUUAUCAAGCAGGAGCUCGGGCGGCAGGACCCCACCGUGCUGUCUGUGGUGGUGGCGCUCGCUGUGGUGCUGCUCAGCCUGGUGAUCUGGAGAUUGCUGCGGGGGAGUCAGAGCAGCCGGCGGGCCGUACUUCUCGUGGGACUGUGUGACUCUGGUAAAACCCUCCUCUUCAUCAGGCUUUUAACUGGACAAUUCAUACAAACCCAGACAUCCAUUUCUCUCAAUACUGCAACUUACAAAGGGAAGAAUGACAAGCAUUCUAGUUUUACCUUGGUGGAUAUACCUGGGCAUGAAAGUCUAAGGCUCCAGUUCCUGGACCAGUACAAGACAUCUGUCAGGGCCAUCAUUUUUGUAGUAGACAGCUCAGCCUUUCAACGUGAGGUAAAGGAGGUGGCAGAGUUCCUGUACCAUAUUCUGACUGAUGCUACAUUGCUGCGUAAUGCGCCUCCAAUACUGGUCGCCUGCAACAAGCAAGAUAUAUCCAUGGCCAAGUCUGCUAAACUUGUGCAACAGCAGCUGGAAAAGGAAUUGAACACUCUUCGUGUCACCCAGUCAGCUGCCCCCAGCACCCUGGAAGGCACCAGUUCACCAGCGACCACACAACUGGGUAAAAAGGGAAAAGACUUUGAAUUCUCCCAACUUCCUUUGAAGAUAGAAUUCCUGGAGUGCAGCGCCAGAGACAGCAAAGAGGAGGAGGGGGAUGCAAAUCUUAGCAAUGUGGAGGGAUGGUUGGCCAAACUGGCAUAAAGAAAGGCCAGGCAUUUGAAUAUGGUGGCAACAAGCAGAACUUUAUACUCUCUCACAUUGCUGUGAACCAAAAGUAUUUCCUUCUGUAAUAUACAGAACAAUUGAGUCUCUUCUUGCACUCCUGAUAAAGAGAAGAAGGGCAACGAUAUGAUAUCUCUGCCGUCAAUACAGUAAAGUUACAUUGCCUUCUGUCUAAAGCAAUGUUUCCCAACCAGGGUGCCUCCAGGUGUUGCAAAACUACAACUCCCAGCAUGCCCGGACAGCCAAAGGCUGUCCGGGCAUGCUAGGAGUUGUAGUUUUGCAACAUCUGGUGGCACCCUGGUUGGGAAACACUGGUCUUAAGUCUUGUUAAAGGGGUACUUCGGUGGAAAACUUUUUAUUUAUUUUUUUUUUUUUAUCAACUGGUGCCAGAAAGUUAAACAGAUUUGUAAAUUACUUCUAUUAAAAAAAUCUUAAUCCUUCCAGUACUUAUUAGCUGCUGAAUACUACAGAGGAAAUUCUUUUCUUUUUGGAACACAGUGCUCUCUGCUGACAUCAUGACCACAGUGCUCUCUGCUGACAUCCUCUGUCCAUUUUAGGAACUGUCCAGAGCAGCAUAUGUUUUCUAUGGGGAUUUUCUCCUACUCUGGACAGUUCUUAAAAUGGACAGAGAUGUCAGCAGAGAGCACUGUGGUCAUGAUGUCAGCAAAGAGCUCUGUGUUCCAAAAGGAAAAAAAAAAAUUCUCUGUAGUAUUCAGCAGCUAAGUACUGGAAGGAUUAAGAUUUUUUUUAAUAGAAGUAAUUUACAAAUCUGUUUAACUUUCUGGCACCAGUUGAUUUAAAAAAGUUUUCCACCGGGGAACCCCUUUAAAGACUGCUUAGCAGUUAUGUUGAAUUACAAGGUGCCCGCGUGUCUUUUCAUAGAGUGUAUGGGUUAUUAUUAUUAUUUUUGUUUACGCCAGACAAAUCUAUUUAUGCUUAAUAAAACUUUUGUUCACUGUUUCAACCCCAAUUGUGCAGUUAUGGAAGGUCGGGCCAGUCUGGAGGGUCAGACUGUGAGCCAGUUGGUCACCAAACUCUGGAUCCAACGAAUAGAAUAUGUCGUCCUGGCUGUAUUAAAGUUGUUGCUAUGGUGUAAAAUAUUUCAAUAAACUUUAUUGGUUGUUAAAAUGUU